UGCCCGUAACCUCAACAUUUGUCAGCAGCCACUUUGAGUAUUUUCCUGCCCGUAACAUCACAUACCUUCUGUGUACAAGAUUGCAUUUAUAUAAAUAUACAACAAUUUGUCACCAUCCAACCCAACAUUCCUCCAAAUUGGAUCCUCUAUCUCCUCCCGUUUCUUAGCCUAUUCAUACAAUUGUCUUCCCAACCAUGUCGCCAACAAAUAUUUUCACAAUUUUGGUAAUCACCAGUGUCGUCUCCAUUGCCUACGCUUCUGAUCCCGACGCACUUCAAGACCUUUGUGUCGCUUUUCCCUCCUCCAGUGUGAAGAUGAAUGGAUUUGCAUGCAAGGAGGAGGCAAAUGUGACAGAAGCAGAUUUCUUCUUUGCUGGGCUAGCGAAUCCCGGAGUUAUCAACAACGCAACGGGGUCAGUAGUCACUGCAGCCAAUGUUGAAAAGAUUCCCGGGCUUAACACAUUGGGCCUGUCUUUAUCAAGGAUAGACUUCAAAUCUGGUGGGCUAAACCCACCUCACACACAUCUUCGUGCCACCGAGAUUCUGUUCGUGUUGGAAGGAGAACUUGACGUGGGUUUCAUCACCACAGCCAACAAACUCAUCUCCAAAACCGUAAAAGAAGGUGAAGUGUUUGUGUUCCCGAAAGCUUUGGUGCACUUUCAGAAGAACAAUGGGGAUAAGCCUGCUGCUGUUAUUUCUGCGUUUGAUAGCCAACUCCCUGGCACAUUCUCUAUAGUUGCGGUUUUGUUUAAUUCUACCCCAAGUGUGCCAGAUGAUGUGCUCACACAUGCCUUCCAGAUUGAUACUCAAGACGUUGACAAGAUCAAGAACAGUCUUUCCUAGCUCAAACAACAAUUCAUAUAUAUGCAGCCAAACGCGCCAACAUUUAGUAUUCUCAAACAUGCUUUUUUUUUUUUCCUACAAUAAUUCUGGAAUCUCUUUUGUAUUUUGACAUUGCGGUUUACCCGUUGAUACAAGGAAAAAACAAAAAUACACUUUCUUAUUCUGCAUUCAA